GUGUGUGUGAGUUUCUGUGUGUGCGUGUGCGUGUGCGUGUGCGUGUGCGUGUGCGUGUGCGUGUGUGUGUGUGUGUGUGUGUGUGUGUGUGUGUGUGUGUGUGUGAAGAGAACUGUUAGAAAAGAGUUUAAAUCUAAACCUCUGUAGUUCAGGUCAUUUAUACGGAUCUGUUCAAAGGGAAUCGAAUCGAAUGGAAGUGACUCGGGAUGUCAGCAGGGAAGCUCAGUAAGUUAAGUACAGUGAGUUUUCCCGCAUUGUUGUAUCUCAUUAUCUGUGUUCACACGGCGGAUCUCUCCUCCUGUGAGGUGUGGUUAAACCGGACCUCCGCUCAAAACCGGACCACGAGACGCACGUGAACAGCUGUGGCUCCGUCCGGUUCCUCCACGCGCUCACGACAGACCUCCACUCAGGUGUGUGUUAUGGCUGCGGUGAUACAGGAUCACUCUCAGGAUGGUUCCUGGUCCAUCGUCUUCGUCUCCUUCAUGGCUCAGCUGCUGGCGUACGGCUCUCCCCAGGCGGUGGGCGUUCUUUACCCCGAGUGGCUCAACACCUUCCAGGAGGGCAAGAGCACUACCGCCUGGGUUGGAUCUACUGCCCUGGGAGUGGGGCUCAUCGCUGGACCACUGUGCAGUGCGUGUGUCGAUAGUUUUGGUGCCCGGCCUGUGAGCAUCUUCAGUGGUGUAAUGGUAGCAGGAGGUUUAAUACUGAGUGCCUUCGCGCCCAACAUCAUCUUCCUCAUCUUCAGCUAUGGAAUCGUUGUUGGUCUGGGAUGCGGGCUCGUCUAUGCGGCUACAUUGACUAUCAUCUGUCAGUAUUUUGAUAAGAGGCGUGGCCUUGCCCUGGGUAUCGUUACCACAGGAAGCAGCGUGGGUGGCUUUAUCUACGCUUCUAUGCAAAACAAGCUGAUUGAGCGGUAUGGAUUAGAUGGGUGUCUACUCAUUGUUGGUGGUCUAGCACUAAACCUGCUUGUAUGUGCUGGACCCAUGCGACCUUUGAAUCUUCCUGGCUACUAUAUCAAAGAGAAGGCCCUGAUGAGUACAGAGGAGCCUAUUUGUGACAAAGAACUUGAGACAGAGUCACCAUUGGAACAUCAGACGCUGGUACGCAUCAUAAAAAAGCGCCUCCAGCCACACACCCAGUACAUAUAUGUCAUGUGUGAGUGCUUCCGAGAGCCCUCGUUUGUAGCACUCUGCAUCUCCAUCUUCCUGUACAGCCUAGGAGGAAUUGCUCCAGUACUCUUCAUAGAAGACGUGGCUCAGAGUCAGGGCCUCCUCGAGCACGUUUCAAACAUUCCUCUCGUCUCAAUCACGACUGCUGCAGCCGGAGUGGGCAAGCUGGCACUAGGCAUGCUGGCAGACAUGAGUUGGGUGAACAGCUUGCAACUCUAUGCCAUGACGGUGACUGCAUUGGGUGCUACUUUGCUAGUGGUACCCAUGUGGAAGAGUUAUGCUGGGCUUCAGGUACUCUCAGCUUCCAUCGGCUUCUUUUCAGGCAACUGGUCAAUUACAUCCUACGUCACCACACGCCUCGUGGGCAUCGAGCGUCUUGGCCAGGCACACGGGCUCCUCAUGUGCUUCGGUGGCUUUGGAAUCAUUCUGGGACCUCCUGUCGUAGGAUCGUUCUUCGAUUGGACGCAGUCGUAUGACCUGGCGUUUUACUUUGCCGGGUGCUGUUUGGUAGCAGGUGGUACUGUUCCCUUCCUCGCAGCCUUGUUCUUUAGGAAUAUAGCCAUUAAAGCGAGAGGUGUUUUGGGUGACCUUGAUGGUGACCUUGAUGGUGACCUUGAACCAGAAGUCAAAAACUUGUCUGAAUGCAACACGGUCAUUUCUGUGGAAUAAGGACUGUGUCUGUCUUACGCCUCGAGUCAUGACCACAGUCCAGCUGACGGCCGAAAACACACGCGCGUUCUGCAACAUGAAACGGAUUGUCACACCUUGAUUGGGUUUGUGGUCUAAACGGUAUGAUGUAAAGUUAAAAUCUGUCUCAAAUCACAUACUUGUGUCUUAUCUACUACACUGCUUUGCUCGACCAAAGAGCCAAUCAGAGAUAUCUUUCUCCUGCAGCGCUGAUUCGACCUGCUCAACCUCUAUCGCCUCUAUUCUUUUAUUCAUUUCUUCUGUAUUUAGUUGCGUCCCAGAUGACGUACUACACACUAUGCACUUGUACACUGACGUUCAGUGCAUGAAGGUUAGAAGAGUCGUAUCUCUCAAAGGACUUGUUACUAUUUAGAAGACGUUGAUUUUGUCAGUUGAAGUGUCAAACAAUAAAUCACACAAUUACAGAAGCUAAUUGAAUCGAAACACGUCCCGUCCACCGGAGUGUUGUCGGUCAUCUGGGAGCAAAAACCCACCCACCCCCACCCCCCUCUAUCCCUCUUAUGCUUUUACAUAAGCAAAGCUGAGAUUGUACGAAGUGUCCAACCUUCAUACUUUGCUUUUUUAUUGAUUAAGUGCAUGAUCUGGCUUCUUAACAUGUACUUCUUCUUCUUCUUGACUCACUAUUUAAACUUCUCAACAGCAUAGUGCAUAAGUAUACGAUUUAAAACGUACCUUUUCCUGUUAUUGUUUCUUUCUUUUUAACUUUUUUCUUUUUUUUAACCCAGUAGCAAAUCCUAGCCAGUUGUUUUUAGAUGUGUUAAAAUUCUUUUAGAUGUCUGUAUAUUUACAUAUUUUUGGAAGUGGGUAGGAUUUGUCAAAAUUCCUUUGGGAGUUUCCAAAGAAAAUCUCACUAAUGCAACAUACUCCAAAGGAAUCCUGAACUAUCCUGACUACUCCCAAAGGAAUUUUGACAAAUCCCGCCCACUUUCAUAGGUACAGUAGUAGGCAAGACUGGUCUGCAUGUCAUUGGGAGAGGAUGGGAUUAGUCAUAAUUCUAUUGAAAAUGGUUGAGAUUGGUCAGAAUUCCUACCAAGAAGGUAUUCUGACCAAUCCCAAGCAUUUUCAAUAGAAUGCCAAAUGACUUUAACUAACAACGUCUCUAGCUUUAGCAUUUUGAAUACGUCGAUACUCAGCAAUUUAAUUGUUUUAUGCAUGCAUGUACAUAAAGAUUUCACUUUCACUUCAAAA